AUGUUUAAAGUGGUAGCAUCUGACCUCGACGGAACUCUCUUGUCACCAACACACGAUCUGACAGAGUUGGCAGUGGAAACACUGAAACAACUCCACCAAAAAGGUGUACAUGUAAUAUUGGCAACCGGUAGAAAUCAUGUCGAUGUCAGUGGCAUUCGUGCAAGAGUUGGAAUCGACGCUCAUAUUAUUACAUCGAAUGGAGCACUCGUGGAGAACGUAUCUGGUCAGGUCAUCAUUAGCCAUACGAUCGAGGAGGAGUUGGUUCACGAUCUACUGGAUGUCGUUCUAGACGACAAGGAAAUCCUGACGAAUGCAUACCGCGCCGACGAAUGGUUCAUGAGUCAAGAUUAUCCGGGUGUCAAACAGUAUUUUCCAAACUCUGACUUUACCUAUAAGCUUUUCGACGAAAGCAAAACGAUUUCCACCGACUCUGUCUAUAAGAUUUUCUAUGUAUCGAGGAACCAAGAGAAACUGCUUCAACUCGAGAAGCAACUCCUCGAGAAAUAUGGUAAUCGCGCAUACAUCUGUUUUUCAUCGCCAUUAUCUCUCGAGGUGAUGUCACCACAUGUUUCAAAGGGCAAUGCUCUUGAACAGGUUGUAGAACUUCUCGGUCACACCAUGCAAGACGUCAUUGCAUUUGGAGACAGCAUGAACGACCUUGAAAUGCUGUCACGUGUAGGAAAAGGAAUGAUUAUGGAAAACGGACAACAAAGAUUAAAAGAUCAACUACCAAACAAUCAAAUCAUUGGAUCACAUGAACAUGACGCAGUAAUACAUCAUUUAAGAGAAAUAUUUAAUAUUCAAUAA